CGCCGGGAAGCCCUCCCGGCCCGGAGCCCCGCGCCCUCCCCCGCCCCCACCAUGGAAGCCAUCGCCAAGUACGACUUCAAAGCCACCGCCGACGACGAGCUGAGCUUCAAGCGGGGGGACAUCCUCAAGGUCUUGAACGAAGAAUGUGAUCAGAACUGGUACAAGGCAGAACUCAACGGCAAAGACGGCUUCAUCCCCAAGAAUUACAUAGAAAUGAAACCUCACCUUUGGUUUUUCGGCAAAAUCCCCAGAGCCAAGGCCGAGGAGAUGCUCGGCAAACAGCGGCACGAUGGGGCCUUCCUCAUCCGAGAGAGCGAGAGCGCGCCCGGCGACUUCUCCCUCUCUGUCAAGUUUGGCAACGACGUGCAGCACUUCAAGGUGCUCCGAGACGGGGCCGGAAAGUACUUCCUGUGGGUGGUGAAGUUCAAUUCUCUGAACGAGCUGGUCGACUACCACAGAUCCACCUCCGUGUCCCGGAACCAGCAGAUAUUCCUGCGGGACAUAGAGCAGAUGCCCCAGCAGCCCACGUACGUCCAGGCCCUGUUUGACUUCGACCCCCAAGAGGACGGGGAGCUGGGCUUCCGCCGCGGAGACUUCAUCCAGGUCCUGGACAACUCGGACCCCAACUGGUGGAAGGGGGCCUGCCACGGGCAGACCGGCAUGUUCCCCCGCAACUACGUCACCCCGGUGGCCCGGAACAUCUAGGGGGCGGCCCCGCCCCCCGCCACCGCGAGAGGUUGGAAGUUCCAGACGCCCCCUUCCCCCCAGUCCCUUCCUCCCCUGCCCCCCACCCAACCCCCAACAGCCAGAGCCGGGAAGGGGCCUGGGGAAGGGUCUCGGCCUGCCCGUCCCAUCCCACCCAAGUCAGCCUGCGGUGAUGGGUGACUGGUGGUGGGGCUCUGGGGGGGCCCCUCCUCCACGCUGGAUGGAACUUUUGGGGGCAGGGGUUGGCUUCCCAGAUGCCAAACUUACCUUUAAAUUAAAAAGAGAGAAUUUUUAUGAACAGA